AUGAAUUAAUAUUAUGACAUAAACGAAGAGCCAUAAGGAUAAGCAUAACAAGAAUAACAAGAAUAACCACGAGAAUCAAACAUACCUCAAUAAUAAAAUGAAAUAUAAGACAUAGAAAAUAAUGAUGACAAAUAUUGUUGUGGAUUACUCAACAGAAGUGAUCACAUCUUAAUCAUAGUCUUGAAACUUAUUAUUGCUGUUCCACUUUUGCCCUUAGUUCUUCUUUGGAAAAUACUCUAAGGCCUAGCAUUUCUAUUUUAUUAUUUUUGUACCAAUCAACUUUACAGCUGUUUGCUUUAUGUUUGCGGAAAAAUCGCUUAAUUUUUCUUGUAUCUAUUCCAUUUACUUUCAAUACUUUUCAAAUUUAUAUACUCCUGCUUAGCUUUUAUAGGCAAAAAAUUACUUUAAGUCAUCUAUUUUAUUGGUAGAUGCUCUAAAAGUGUCCUGGACUGGUAUGCAACAUUUAUCAUCAAUACAAUUUUCAAAUUUGCUCAUUUCCAAUCAAUCAUCUAAGAAUUCACAGCUUUUAUUACUGUGCCUUUAUCCUUAAAAAUUAUUAUUCCUUUAGCUAUGUGCUUUUACCUUAAUAUCUUCACUCCCACCAAAACUGCUAUAAUAUUUAUAGUAGAAAAAUUGUUUUACGCUAUCAAAAAAACUAUUAAAUUUCUAUAUAAAUCCACAGUAAAAUAUAUCCUCAAACCCUUUUAUGAAUAUAUAAUAUUGAUCAUUUUGCGAGUCAUUAGAUUUCUCGUAGUUGAUAUCUUUUGCAACAUCAUUAUAGUAAAUUUAUAUAAAGGAUUGAGAUGGUCAAUAAUUAACUUUUAUACCUAUAUUUUAGUCAAUAUAUACAAGUAUUUUAUAGUUAAAUUUUUGUAUGAAAUAGUGUUAUCUUAUUUAGGCAGAGCGAUAGAGAUAAUUUUAUAUGAUUUUUUAAUUCUGCUUAUUAUUGUUCCAUUGAGUAAAGUUACAAAAUGGAUAUUGAUAGAUUUCAUUUUUGAAAUUGUAAUCGUAAAGUUAUAUCAAUUUUUAAGAUUCAUCAUUGUUGAUGUGAUAAUCAAAGUAAUUAUUAAGAUUGCUGAAUUCAUUUAUUUUUAAAUUUGUGUAAAUUUAUAUCGAUGUUUAACUUGGAUCAUAAUACGUCUACUUUACGAAUUAAUACUUAAAAAUAUUUAUUUAUAUAUUUUAUAACCAUUAUUCAACUUCCUUGUAUCUAUGAUACGAAUAAUAGCUACUAGCCUUUAUAAGUUUAUAUUAUUGCCAUUAUGGUAAUUGAGUAAAUAUCUUUUUAAUGGUUUAGUAAGUAUAAUUAGUGCUAUUGGAUCUUUUAUUUAUUAUUCAAUUUUGAAUCCAAUUUGGAAUUUAAUUGUCAUUAUAACAAGAGGAAUAAUAAAUUUGAUAAAGAAGUUUUUUAUAGCAGUAGGAUAAUUAGCAAUAGAUUUGUGGACAGGCAUAAGAAACUUGGCUAGUAGACUUAGAAAUAUGAUAUGA